ACUCGUCGGUGCCAUGGAGUCCACAUCAGCCUGGUCCUGAACGGCGCAAACAACGAUCAGACCAGCAAAGCAUUCUGGCCUGAAGUAGACUACACUCCUGCUUCAAGCUCAUACACGUGCUCUGCUUUUCAACACACAACAGACAGACUGACAGACAGACAAAAGAGGUGAGAGCGACAGACAAGUCAUGGAAGCGAUAUGGCUCUAUCAGUUCCGGCUGAUCGUCAUCGGGGACUCCACAGUGGGCAAGUCGUGUCUGAUCCGGCGGUUCACCGAGGGCCGGUUCGCCCAGGUGUCGGACCCCACCGUCGGCGUGGACUUCUUCUCCAGGCUAGUGGAGAUCGAGCCUGGGAAGCGGAUCAAACUUCAGAUCUGGGACACCGCGGGUCAGGAGCGGUUCAGGUCCAUUACUCGGGCUUACUACCGUAACUCUGUUGGCGGUCUCCUCCUGUUCGACAUCACCAAUCGUCGCUCCUUCCAGAAUGUCCAUGAUUGGCUGGAGGAGGCACGGAGCCACGUCCAGCCUCACAGCAUCGUCUUCCUAUUGGUGGGACACAAGUGUGACCUGGAGGCGCAACGUCAGGUGACCCGUCAGGAGGCAGAGAAGUUGGCAGGGGCUUAUGGGAUGCGCUAUGUGGAGACAUCGGCCCGUGACGCCAUCAACGUGGAGCACGCCUUCACCGAGCUGACCAGAGACAUCUUCGCCUUGGUGCGGUCUGGAGACAUCACGAUCCAGGAGGGCUGGGAGGGCGUGAAGAGCGGGUUUGUACCCAACGUGGUUCACUCCUCAGAAGAGGUGACCAAGAGCGACCGCCGCUGUCUGUGUUGAUCUGGGAAGAGCUCUGAACGGCAACGGGACCGGCGGUGAAAAGGGAAGGGAUCCGAGAAACGUUUCAGAGGGGAGCGGCUGAUAGACUGCGACGUCGGCCCUCUGACUGAAACUGGUAACCCCCUGUUUUUCGUAGCUCUGGUUCGAUGAGGAGGAGGAGGAGGACGCUCGAGGGAUGAAGAGGCUGGUAAAGGAAAGCAAAGAACACCUUGAAUGUGGGUGAAGAGCUGAAAGCUUGUACCCAUUUCUAAUCAUAUACACUUUAAUUUAUAGAGAGGAAGGAUGCUCAUUUACCUGGAGGGAUGCCAUAUUUCAAUUCCUUUAUGUUGCUUACGUCAAAAUCCCUUCUUUAAAGUCUUAGAAAGGCCUUAGAAAGAGGAUCCAUUUAGGUUCUUCUCCACAACACUCCUCCUUUCUUCCUUCACCUGUCCUCCCACUACUUCUUAACUUCCUCCCCUCCAAUAUGCAAUUCCAUACAAAAUGAUCACUUUUGAGUUUAAGCGUCCAGCAUCCUCUUGGCACAUAUCAAACUAAAUAUAAAUAGUUCCCCUAAUUUACAAGAGUUGUGUUUCUCUUGUGCUCACAUUUUGCUCUACAUUCCACUAUCAGAGCCCUGGAGGUCCAAAAAGACAUGUUUCUUUCCCCCGAGCUGUGAUUUGUGACGCCUCCAGCGAGCUCAACGACACUGACUCCAUCAUUAUAUCCACUAUCAUUCUUCUAAACCCCACUAUACUGAAACACCUUUACCCAUGCGGUUCCUAAUGGACUCCUGAAGCACGAAGAGACACUGUGUACAGCUGAACUGACAGAGGUGGAUUUGUCAAACUAGCUUAACAACACUUAACUGUCUGCCUUUUAACUGGGGACUUGUUAAGGUGGACUAAUGGGAAUGUUGGACACUAAACAGCCUGAAAGCACCUUAAUAGUCCAUUUCUACCUUAACUGUGGAGCCUCGGUCGGGACGUUUUUAAGGCGCAGACAAACAAACAGGGCGUGGACCGUGGACAAGGAACGUCAGGGGACAGACUCCACAAAAGAAGACACCAUAUUACCCACAAUGCACGCAUACGGACAGAGCUGUACCGCAGUGUAAUUAUGCAAAGAAGGUCCAGUUGGCAGGCUUUAGAGUAAUCGACCACAGAUACAGGCACAGGGACACUGAACGGUUACAUUUUCAGAGCAGGUGCUUUACAUGCAUUUUAUUUGCGUGUUCAUGUAGAAAAUCGAAGUCUUAUUUUCAGUUCGAUGCACUGCAAGGUGAAGCUGAGAGCGGUGUUACAGCAGGAUGGGAAUGAAUUUGCACAAAUAGCAUCUGAGAUUUUGCAAUUAGAAGGCAUUAAAUUGUGUUAACUGCUAAAUAACAUAUCGUUAGCCUCAUAUCAUGAUUGCCUAAGUCAUACACUAUAUGGACAAAAGUAUUGGGACACAUUGAAUUCAG